AAAUUGUUUUAAAUUUAAAAAAGAAUACAAAAAUGAUCUCAUUUUUAUUAUUUAUACAUGAAAUCAUUUAUUAUUUACAUAAAUAUACAUGGUUGAUAUAUAAAUUAUAAGUGGGAGUACUAUAUUUGUUUAAAUAAUACUACAUAUCAAACAUGUACAUAUUCAUAACCUACAAGUUUUUAAAUAUCUAUAAAAAUCAAAAGACCUCGUUGUGUGAGUGUUAAGUGGUGUAAGUGUAAAAAAAAGUGAAAAAACUAAUCGCGAAUAGCAUAACAAUUAUAACAAUUGUAAUGAUAAAGAAAGUCUUAUCGAAAAAGGAAAACUUUCAGUGUUAAUUGUCAUGAAAUUUGUUUAUAGAGCACGUACAUUUCAAACAAAAAAUUUUGCAAAAAUCCAUCUUAUUUGUUCACGAAUAUAUCUAACGUGUUGGUGAAAAAUUAAAAGAUAAUAUACGUUAUGUAGGUGUAAAAAAAUGAGAUACACAUUUCUAAUUGAGGUCUAUUUUUUUAUUGGAAGUUGAACAUGACAUGUGCCUUUGGUCUUGUCAUUUAUCGAUUUUUUUUCUCAGGGUGGGUGGCAUUGGCGUCGUGAGAGGGAUUUCAUCUAUAUUUCGGGGACGCCGGGCGUCGGUCUUUUGAUUCUCUUUUUAGUAUUAGUGUGUCCAUAAAGCAGUGUUUACUUCCGCGGACCAAAACAUCGAUGACCUUGAAAGUAGAUCACGUGGUGCCGAGACUUUUCGUUGAUUGGUCUAUAACGUUCUACAGAGGGAGCUCAGAAUCGUCGAGUUUGGCGAGUGUGUGCAAGAUCUUUGCUACAAGUGCGACAGAGAAAUAAUAUCGUCAAAGAGAAGAAAGAACUGGGAAGCGUGCGUGUGCGCGCGCGUUGAUUGUGUGGUUGGUGUUGUCCAAGAUGAAGUCCGACUCUUUGUUGACAACUCAGGCAGAAAAGGCAAAUCAUUACAAAUACUUGAAGGAAUUUCGCGUCGAACAAUGUCCCCUCUUUAUACAACGCAAAUGUACUCAACAUCGGCCGUUCACGUGUUUCAAUUGGCAUUUUAUGAACCAGAGGAGACGUAGACCGGUUAGAAAGAGGGACCGCACCUUCAAUUACAGCGCGGAUAAUUAUUGCAGCAAGUACGAUGAAACAACCGGCAUAUGUCCCGAUGGAGACGAAUGUCCUUAUCUUCAUCGAACGGCAGGAGAUACUGAAAGGCGUUACCAUCUACGCUAUUACAAAACGUGCAUGUGCGUUCACGAUACAGACACACGUGGAUUUUGUGUUAAAAAUGGACCACAUUGUGCGUUUGCACAUGGGAAUCAUGAUCUUCGACCUCCUGUUUAUGAUAUUAAGGAAAUUCAAGCAUUGGAAAAUCCAGAAUCUGAUCCUAAUAAUUCUUCUAAUGGGCCCAAUAUACUUGACAAAGAAAGGAACUUAAUGAACGAAGAUCCAAAAUGGCAGGACACGAAUUAUGUUCUUAGUAAUUAUAAGACAGAACCUUGUAAAAGACCCCCUAGAUUAUGUCGACAGGGCUAUGCCUGUCCUCAAUAUCACAAUAGCAAGGACAAAAGGCGAAGUCCAAGAAAAUAUAAAUACAGAUCGACACCGUGUCCAAAUGUGAAGCACGGAGAAGAAUGGGGUGAACCUGGAAAUUGUGAACAGGGCGACACCUGCACAUAUUGUCAUACACGUACCGAGCAACAAUUUCAUCCCGAAAUUUACAAGUCAACAAAGUGCAAUGAUGUCCAACAGGCGGGCUACUGUCCUCGUGGUGUCUUCUGUGCUUUUGCACAUGUUGACCGUGAGUGUACUCCCAUAAAUCUGUUGCCAACAGAAGAAAUGAGCUUGGCGAGGGACAUUCCGGUACCUAUAGAUUGUGGCACAAAUUUGGCGGAUAUUCUAAGCAACGCUUUACCCCCUGACAAGAGAUCUCAUGAUAAGGAUAAAACUUUAAGCGACAGCAGUUUGGCUGCAUUACAGAAUGGAAGCGGAGAAGUAUCAGAAUCCGCAAGCACCAGCAGUCUUGGCAGCAAUAGUUCUCAUAGUAAAGCGCCAGGUGCUCAGCUUCAUAAUUCAAAUUCAAAUUCCAACUCCCAGAAACUCAGUAAUAUGUUGUUUAAUUCUGGAUCUCUCAUUCAAGUCGGUGACAUUCGAAAGCAAGUGGUAGCAAUUGAAAAUGAUCCUUUGUUAACGAAAGGAGAAAAAGCCCAAAGGAAACAGAAUCUUUAUCUAGCAUAUAAUUUAAAUGGUUCCUUGGGUCAUUCACUUGGCUCGUCGGUUACACCAUUAACGAAUUCUUUCUAUACAAAUGACACCGUUGAAUCCGUCGUAGGAAAUGCAUUAGAUGAUUUACAUUUAGACGAUCCGAUUAGUCUCGUGGAUUCCAUUCAUAGAGAUACUAAUUCUCCAAUUUCCAAUUCAAUUUCUGCUGGUCUGGCAAGCUCAGGAUUACUUGGAAGCUCGGCUCCAGUCAAUAUUCCAGGAAUGUCUGAUAGAUCCGUGCUCUCGAAUUUUUCACCUUCAACAUCCAGUCCUUUGCAACAUUUACAGUCAGCUGGAUUUCUCACAGGGUCUCGAUUUUCUCAUCAAGACUCGAUAGAAUCGACUAUGCCAUUUAUGAAUACAGUCACGGAUCCAUUUAGUAAUCAUAUCUCACAAUUGAGUAGUUCAGCGUCAAAACUUAGUGGUUUCAAUAGCAGUUUAUUUGAUUUUGCCAAUCAGGGAAUGUCACCGUCACGAACUCAACCUCUUCCAGCUUCUCCUUUAGUCGGUGCAUUUUCAAUGAGUCCAAAUAAUUCAGGAUCACUUUCAGAAUUACAGGUGCAAAGACUGAGAGAUGAAUUGACAUCGAGUCGCGCACAACUUGCAACGUGGGACGAACGCAUCAAUCAGGCGCGAGCUGCUUGUGCAGCCUGGCAAAUGGAAAGUGAAGAUGCAAAACGAAAAGCAACAAUAGCAGAACAACAGAGGGAUGAGUAUCGAAAUGAAUUCCAGGCAUUGAAGCAAUUGCGUGCUGAGAAGGAAGCAGCGAAUGGUGGUCCUUAUUUGCACACCCUUAAGCGUACAAGUGAACUUCGAUCUCUGCCAAUCACAACAUUACAAUCAAUACAGACACAACUGCGCUCGGAUCUUGAAGAACUGGAAAAGGUGCUGUACCGGGAAAAGGCAAAUAGGUGCAUGGUAUGCGAGGAUCAAAAUCGCACUGUAACCCUCUCGGCGUGCAACCAUCGUGUAGUUUGUUCAACGUGCGCUCCCAAUCAACACGAGUGCCCGUACUGCCAGAUGGUCUCAACAAAUUAGGUCGGAAAAAAGCAAAAAAAAAAAAAAAAAAAACUCGAUCUUUUCAGUUUUCCCACAUUUUUUUAGCACCAAUCAACAUGGGGACAAGUAUUGCAUUACAAAUAUUUUGAGUACUCGGACAUUUUUUAAAAAAAAAAGACAAUUUUUGUCUCAAUGAGAAAGAAAAAGAAAGAAAGAGAAAAAGUAACAAUGAAAGACAAGACAGAAAAAAAGGAAAAAGAAAACUACGUCCGAGACUCCACAGUAAAUGAUAAGGUGGAUGUGAUAUGACAAUUCUUAUACAUUUUUUCUCAAUAUUUUAGAAUCUAUUUCUUUUAUAAAUUUCGUACCGGUUGCCCUCCCCCCUGCCCCUUUUAUUAUCUGGUCAUUCCGAAAGCUUUUUUUAGUAUCAAGUUAUUUAAUUUAAAUUUAAAAAAAAAACGCAACACUUUUAAUAUAGUUCCAAGGGAAAAAAGGCUGAUGGAACUUUUUUUUUCUAGCGUAAUCAAGCUGAAGAUUGCAUUUAUAUUUCUAUAUAAUAUAUAUAUAUAUAUUUAAAACUAUAUAAGUAGGAUUUUUCAAUUGACAUUUAAGGAUAUCCAUAGUUAUUAAAUGAGUAUUAACAAAUAUUUGUAAAUUAAUAUCUUAUUUUCAAAGACGUGGUUUCUCAAUCGUUAAUUAAUUAAUUCGGACAUGAUAAUAAAAUAUAGGAAGGAAAAAACGAAAUUUAGGAAAAGAAUAAUUUUUUUAAUACAAAAAAUAGAAAGGGAAAAUUUUGACGAACUUCUAUAAAUGAAUUUAAUAAAAAAAAAAGAUACAAUUUUUUAAAAUGGACACUUAGAGAAAAAAUCUCAAAUUUUUCUAUCUUUUCUAAGAAAGCCAAAUCACGAUAAUGAGAAAAACCUAAUUAGAUUUAGCUGCACGAAUAGAGAUGAAAUAAUAGUCGUAUAGCUUGAAUUUUAUAUGAAUAAUGCUUCUAUUUUCAUAAUUGCAAUUAGAUUUAAUAUAGAUUAUAAGUAGGAAAUACAUGAAUUAUGUAUUUGAUUGGAAAAAAAAACAAAAAUCUAUGAUAAAUAUAUAAUAAAAUAAAUAUUAUAUGGUUUUCAAGCGUAUAGGUGAAAAUAUUAACUUUUCUUUGUUAAGUGUAGAACACAAAAAUAAGCUCUGUAUUUAAACAAGAAAAAAACAUACCUAUUUGAAUUAAUUUAAAAUAUAAUUGAAUUUUUUAAAUUACAGAUUAAUUUUAAAAUCUAAAAUAAUUUUUAAUUUAAUUUUUAAAUAAAAAUAAUUAAAAUGUGAAAAAGAAAAAAUGAAAAUAAUAUGACGUAAAUGGUUCGACUCGUUUGUGUUGUGACGUUUAUUCAAUGAUAUAUAAUUGUAUGUUAAUAGGAAAACUUAGGAUUUUUCAAUUUAUUAAUCAAAAUAUGUAUUUAAUGAUCGUGAAUCUUCAGCUUGGUUGCGCGCCGGUACAUUUUUUCCUCGAAAUUAAACGUUAUUUGGUGAUUUAAUAUAUAUAAACAAAUUGAUAUUCUAUAGUUGACAGGCACUAGAAAUUCGUUUUCAAUUUUCUAUUUUUUUUUUCUCUAAAUACUACUAAAUAAUAAUAAUAAUAAUAAUAUUGUUAAAUUCUAUGACAAAGAAGGACUAUAGCAUUCGUAAUUAAAAAAAAAUAUAUAAAUAUAUAUAUAUAUAUUAUAUUCUCUAAGAUACAAAUUAAUAGGAUAGAUAGGACGCUAUCAAAUUUUUUUCUUA